AUGUGGCACAGCCACGCUGCCCAAGUCCCUUGUGCCUGCCGAACAACUAGUUGCCUCAAACUUCCCGAUUGCAAGAUUUUCAUAAAAGAUUUCGUCGAAUUGGGAACUGGUUCUGGACUGGCGAGUGUUUUGCAACAGGAGCUUAACCAGUUGAAUGGAGCAGCCGCAAGCCCUUGUGUUUCCUCUCUCCCCGUAUCCGAGCCUUUGCCAUCUAGAGCUUCUCAAAGACCAGGGCCGCCAACGACAGCAACAUCGCCUCAGAGAAAGUCGCAUCCUGAUCUAUUUUUUCACAGUUUCGGAUCGAGGUUGGCAAGCAUGGGUAGGUGUGUAGCCGAUGCAGGAUACGCCCUCUUUCAAAACUCCAAGGUCGUUGUGGCAAAGUACAGAGGCUCAGUUAACAAAGCAAGUAAGCUUCUUACUACCACAACUGGACUUAUUAUUGCUUGUGUGGCUUUAUGGUCAGCCCUUGGUGCUAUGAUGGAUGGUAGGAAGGCUGUGAGAAUAGCUGAGUGGACGGCUAGGAAAGACUACUGGGAGUCUUGUGAAACAAUUGAAGACCAGGAGGACGGGUGUGACAGAGUAACAAAAGCACCCCUGGGUCCACCGCCGCACACGUUCUCUGGAGACAAUCAACAAAAUGGACUACUGGCUGGAGAAGCCGGAGAGCUCCAGCCUGCCCAGUCACCUGGCACCGGAGUAGCAAACAGCUCGGGUGUUGAUUUUCACCAUUCUUCCAUGACAGGCACUUCACGCCGAGUGAUUUUUGGCAGUGGGUUGGAAACCAGUUUUGACUUCAAGCCCACUGCAACUACUCUUCCUUUACUCCGAAUGGACACCGGAACGACCUCGGCCCUCAUAAACGUUGACGUAUCUAGACGAGAAGGGGGCCGGAAACUUCCGUCACCUGUUCGACCACGACUUCUGCCGUCAAUCCCCGCGGCAAUCUGGCCAUCGGACCUGCCGUUAAUCCAAGCAUCAACUCCUCUGCCGGGGUUCUCGUGUCGUAUCUGCAAGGCCACACUGAAAUUAGGUUUUGAUGAGCCACCAGAACACCCCUGGGAUCACAAUAAUUGUUACUUUGUUUCUUGGUACUGGUCAUGCAUUGAUGAAGCUCUUUAUGGACUUUCUCACCAGCGCGUAGACAGUCGUCCUCGUGGUAUGGUCCUACAUAUCAAUGAUAUUCUCAGAAAAAAUGCGGAAACAACAGAUGAUGGUGGUGAAGUCGACACUGACCUGACACAGCUCUCAUGGCAAAGGAACUUCAAACAAGUUGUCGAAGCUCUCCUCUAUCGGGUGUACUUUGUCUACAAUGGUGAUGAAAAGCACGGGGGGCCGCCCUAUCCUGAUGACGGAUCCAAAAAGCGCAUGGUUGAGCCUUGGAUAGAUAAGAUUGGUGGGAUUCUGUAUUACUGGAGGAGGGUGGAGAAAGAGGGAAGGGCUCACUAG